GGCAUCUCGGCCCCUUUCUGCUGAUGUCACGGAGCGGGGCCCCGCAGCCGCCUGCCCCGGGAGGGCAGGGACCGGCCGCCCCUUCCCGGAUCCUCCUCUCUCGCCUCUCCCCUGCCCGGCCCGGCUGCAGCGGAGCCGCGGCCGCCCCGCCGCCCCGGCAGGUGAGCGCUCUGCAGGGCCUGCCCAUGGAUGCCAGCAAGAAGGUGGAUCUGAAGAUCAUCAUCAUCGGAGCUCUGGGCGUGGGCAAGACCUCCCUGCUGCACCAGUACGUGCACAAGACGUUCUACGAGGAUUACCGCACCACGCUGGGCGCCAGCAUCCUCACCAAGGUCCUCGCCGUGGACAGCACCCCCCUGAAGCUGCAGAUCUGGGACACAGGGGGACAGGAGCGAUUUCGGUCCAUGGUGUCGACCUUCUACAAAGGCUCAGACGGCUGCAUGCUGGCCUUCGACGUGACAGACAGGGAGUCCUUUGAGGCCCUGGACAACUGGAGAGACGAUUUCCUGGAGAAAGUCAUUCCCAGGGAACAGGAAUUCCCCAUGGUGGUGCUGGGGAACAAGAUAGACCUCAGUGACCGGCAGGUGCCAAAGGAAACAGCCUCAGCCUGGUGCAAGGAGAAGGACAUUCCGUAUUUCGAGGUCAGUGCCAAGAACAACAUCAACGUGGCCGAGGCUUUCGAGACUCUCGCGAAGCAGGCGCUGAGCACGUAUAAAGGGAUUUUUGAGAGUUAUUUAACCGACUCCAUCAAGCUCACUCCCAACGACAAGCCCAAGCAGAGCUGCUGCUGACCCCGGGGCCGCUGGAGCCCGCGAUGCCCACACGGACUGGCCUUGCCAGGGCACAGGACGGGCACUGCUGGACACACCAGGCCCGGCUGCCUGCUCAUCCCGGGAUUUGCUGCUUCCCACGGCUCUGGAGCUGCUCUCCCGAUCGCCUCAGUGGCACGGUGGUGGCCCUGUCCCCCCUCGAUCUGCAGCCGUGUGGCACCCGAGCGGGCGAUGUCCCUGCAGUGACGGUGCCAGGGGUGUGGGCAGUGCUCCCGAUGCCUCUGCAGAGACCACGGCCUUGGCACCACGGGUCACCUUCCCAGAGCACAGCCUGGUGGCCCCGCUGCUCUCAGGUUGGUACGGGCUGGCCUGGGGGGACAAUUGGGGCUGGUGGCCUCAGCACAGGGACCAGGCAACGAUUCUGUGCCUCAGUUUCCCCUCCUCUCAUGCAUAUCCCCCAUCAAACACCUUCCCUCUCCUGCCUCACUGGGGAGGAUUCUCAAAAAAGCAGUUUGUCAGGGGUAUUCUAUUUUUUUUAAAGGAAAUUAAAUAUUUCAUUUUUAUUU